AUGUCUGACUCAGUCUCUAAACAAAUGAAUGUCGAUACUGACAUUAUAACAUUAUCAAGAUUUAUUAUUCAAGAACAACAAAAACAUCAAGAAGCUACUGGUGAAUUAUCAUUAUUAUUAAAUGCUUUACAAUUUGCUUUCAAAUUUAUUGCUCAUAACAUUAGAAGAGCUGAAUUGAUCAAUUUAAUUGGGGUUUCAGGUACUGCUAAUUCAACUGGGGAUGUUCAAAAAAAAUUAGAUGUUAUUGGAGAUGAAAUCUUUAUCAAUGCUAUGAAAUCAAGUGGUCAAGUAAAAAUCUUAGUUAGUGAAGAACAAGAAGAUUUAAUUGUCUUCGAAGGUGGUGGUAAAUAUGCUGUUUGUACUGAUCCAAUUGAUGGAUCAUCAAAUAUUGAUGCUGGGGUAUCAGUUGGUACAAUUUUUGGUAUUUAUAAAUUACAACAAGAUUCAAAUGGUUCAAUUAAAGAUGUCUUAAGACCAGGUACUGAAAUGAUUGCUGCUGGUUAUACUAUGUAUGGUGCUUCAGCUCAUUUAGUUUUAACUACUGGUAAUGGAGUUGAUGGUUUCACUUUAGAUGCUCAAUUAGGUGAAUUCAUUUUAACUCAACCAAAUUUAAGAAUUCCUGAAUUCAGAUCUAUUUAUUCAAUGAAUGAAGGUAAUUCAUUAUACUGGCCAGAAUAUGUUAAAGAUUACAUAAAAGACUUGAAAGAAUUACAAUCAAACGGUAAACCUUAUAGUGCACGUUAUGUUGGAUCAAUGGUUGCAGAUAUUCAUAGAACUUUAUUAUAUGGAGGUAUUUUUGCUUACCCUGCUGAUUCAAAACUGAAAAAUGGUAAAUUAAGAGUCUUAUAUGAAUGUUUCCCAAUGGCAAUGUUAAUGGAACAAGCUGGUGGUUUAGCUGUUAAUGAUAAAGGUGAAAGAAUUUUAGAAAAAGUACCUAAAGGAAUUCAUGAUAAAUCUGGUAUUUGGUUAGGUUCAAAAGGUGAAAUUGAAAAAUUCAAAAGUUACAUUAAAUAA